AUGGCGACCAAGAAGUUUGCUGGGGAAUCUCCUUAUAAAGUGGCUAAGAAGACCCAUCCUGGAUCUGACUGGAUUUUAACGGAUUUCGUGAACAAGGUAAAUCUUGUGUCAGACAAACCAGGAGUGAAGCCUCCGGUGGUGGCAGCGAUUUUUGGUAUUGGACGGGCAGGAUCCAUUCAUCUGUGUAGCAUUAUCCGAAAUCCGCGUGUUGUACUAAAAUAUAUUGUAGAUGAUCGAAAGGAAAGAUUCGAUAAGCUUAGAAGUUUCUGGAACCUGUGCGAUGUGACUUUCCUAACAUCAAAAGACAGCGAUCGUGUGUUCAAGGACAAAGCUGUUACCACCGUUUUCAUAGCAUCUCCUACCUUCACCCAUCACGGGAUUGUUGUGAACUCAAUAGCAAACAAUAAAGAUGUGUUCUGUGAGAAGCCAAUUGCAGAAAGCAUUGCCGAAACUAAAAAGUGCUACGAUACAGCGAACGCCAAAGGCCGCGUCUUAUUUGCGGCUUUUAACCGGCGCUUUGAUCCAUCAUACAGAAACCUGAAGAUGAAGGUCAGAGAGGGGCUAGUCGGUCAUGUUCAGGUUUUGAAAGUGACUGCCAGGGACUCGCCUUUACCAACUAUUGACUAUCUGAGAACUUCAGGUGGAGUAUUCCAUGAUUGUCUGGUCCAUGACUUCGAUAUGGCCUGCUGGGUGUUAGGCGAGCUGCCAGUCAGGGUACAAGCGACGGCCACCGCUCUCAUACCUGAAAUCAAAGCUAUUGAUGACUUUGACAACAUCGCUUUCCUCCUGACAUUCCCAUCAGGUGCCAUCGCCAUAGGUGAUAACAGCCGAUACAGUGCCUACGGAUAUGACCAACGCUUGGAAGUUUUUGGAAACAAAGGCAUGAUAAAGGUGGAAAAUGAAAAGCCCUCAGCAUCCACAGACUACGUGAUAGAACAAGAUGGCUGCAAGACUCACCCAAUAUACUAUUCAUUUCCGUCUCGAUACAAGGAGGCAUAUGAACGGGAGGUCGAACACUUUUUGGAUGUUGUACAAUACGGAGUACCCCAAGAUGUAACCAGUUGGCAGACAUUGGCAAUUUCGAAGAUCGCAACUGCCGCUGAAGAGAGUGCUCGAACCAAUAAAACAAUUGAGAUCGACUGGAGCAAGGACAAUAUUCCUGAUAUAUAUUCUUAA